UCCUUCUUCUCUCCUCUUUCCAGAGAGAGAGAGAGAGAGAGAGAAAGAGAAAGAGAGGGAGAGGGAGAAAAGGAGCUGCCAGCCCCAGCCAUGAAGAACACCAUCCGAUGCUGCAUCUCUUGCAUUCUUCCCUGCGGCGCCCUCGACGUAAUUCGCAUCGUGCAUACCAAUGGCCGCGUCGAAGAGAUCACUGGCACCGUCCGAGCUGCCGAGAUCAUGAAGGCUCAUCCCAAGCACGUCUUGAAGAAGCCCUCCACCUCAUCCGGAGAAGGCUGCUGCCCCAAGAUCGUCAUCGUGCCGCCGGACGCCGAGCUCCAGCGCGGCAAGAUUUACUUCCUCAUGCCCGUGCCUGCUUCCACGCCAGAGAAGUCCAAGUACCGGCGAAAAAGAAAAGACCCGCAAACCAAAACCCCCGCCGCCGCCAACAACAUCUCGGUGAAGAACUUGCUUGUUUCGGACCGUUACUUGAGCGAAAUCCUGUCGGAAAAGCUGUCCACGCAGAGGGACCGGCGGCGAGGCCGCGCCGCCGUGUGGAGGCCUCAUUUGGAGAGCAUAUCCGAGACCCCAAGCGAAGUUUAAUGAAUGGGGGCUGGUUUAUAUAUAUGUCAGUUUUCUUGUUUAUGAUUCAUUUUCAAAAGGAUUACCCUUCAGGGUUUCUUCAAAGAUCGAUGCUGGCCAUUACCCAACUCUCUUUCUUUGUUCUUCCUAUUUCUUUUUCCUUUUCUUUCUGUACAUAUAAGCAUAUAUAUGGAUAAUCAAAAGGAAAAAUAAUAUAUAUAUCCCAAAGCUGCGAUCUUGGCUUCAA